ACAAACCGCCUGGCUCCAAUUUCAAUGCUAUUUAUGACCGGGUUGCUGAUGAUUUCUGUGCUGAUUAUGUGCAAGAUGAGGUUAUUUUU